AUGGAGAAACAGGCAACUUUUAUGAGAAAAACAACAAAGGUAAAUGAAAGAGCUCUUAAAGCUAGCUAUCAAGUUGCUGAACUUAUAGCCAAGACAAAAAAGUCGCACACUGUGGCAGAGACAUUAAUACUUUCUGCCUGCAAAGCUAUUGUAGAGGAGAUGCUCGGACCUGAAGCAGCAAAGGAAAUAGCCAAAGUCCCUCUCUCAAACAACACAAUUUCCAGACGUAUUAAUGACAUGUCUGCAGACAUCGAAAGUGUGGUUUUGGAAAAGAUCCGUAUCAAUGAGAAAUUCGCAUUGCACCUUGACGAGUCUACUGAUAUCAGUGGACAUGCUCAACUCUUAGCUAAUGUGCGUUUUGUUGAUGGUGAUGCAAUUAGAGAAAACUUCUUUUUUUGCAAGGUAUUGCCAGAAAAAACAACAGGAGAAGAAAUUUUUCGGGUCACAUCAGAAUACCUUGAACAAGGAGGACUUAAGUGGGAAAACUGCACAAGUGUCUGCACCGAUGGAGCUGCAGCCAUGGUCGGGCGCACCAAAGGCUUUGUAAGCAGAGUGAAGGAAAGAAAUCCAGAUGUGAUUAUUACGCAUUGUUUUUUACACCGCGAGGCCCUCGUAGCCAAGACUUUACCAUCAGCCUUAGUUCAUGUGUUGGAUGAUGUUGUGCGCAUGGUAAACAUUGUAAAGUCACGACCCAUGAAAAGUCGCAUAUUUGCAGCUUUGUGUGAGGAGAUGGGAGCAAAGCAUAAAACCUUGCUGUUUCAUACGGAGGUCCGGUGGUUGUCGCGUGGCAAGGUCUUGGUUCGUGUGUAUGAGCUGCGGGAGGAACUUAAAGUGUUUCUGACAAAUGAGGGGUCAGAUUACGCAAAGCAGCUUGCAAGUGAUGAGUGGUGUGCAAGGCUGGCAUACCUGGCAGAUAUAUUUCAUCAUCUGAAUGAAUUGAACACCCGAAUGCAAGGCCGAAAUGAAAACCUGCUUACAAGUACAGAUAAAAUAAAUGGAUUCCGUUCAAAGGUGCAACUCUGGCAUCAACACGAGGAAAGUGGCAAUCUUGAAAUGUUCACACUCACCAUGCAAUAG